AUGUUAAUGUACAACUUUAGUUCCUCCUCCAAGGAGGAGAUCACUGUCAUUGGACAGUACAACAUGACAGAGAUCAUCGGUUAUGGCAGCUGUGGCUAUGUGAAGCUGGCCCAUCACCGCCUCACGGACACCACAGUGGCAAUCAAAGUUCUCCUGAAGAAACGACUGGGGAGCCGUGAGAUAGAAAAUGAGGUGGCCAUUGUUAAGAGUGUACGCCAUCCACACAUCAUCCGAUUGUUCCAGGUGAUGGAGGAUGAGAACUGUGUGUACCUCGUCACUGAGCUGGCCACUCGGGGACAUCUCUUGGGGUGGAUCAAUAAAUCCCCCUGUAGCCGCCUAUUUGAGUAUGAAGCUAGGAGGCUGUUCAAACAGAUCGUGAGUGCCGUUCACUACCUUCACGUUAACGGAAUUGCACACCUAGACCUGAAAGCUGACAACAUCCUUUUGGAUGCCAGUCGCAAUGCCAAGAUCAGUGAUUUUGGAAUUAGCAUCAGGGUGACUCCGGGGCAGUUGCUAAAGGGGGUUUGUGGAGCCUUGAUAUUCCGACCUCCUGAAAUGUUCCUACAUAAAAUGUUUGAUGGCUACAAGGUGGACAUUUGGAACUUAGGCGUGCUUUUGUAUAUGAUGACAACAGGAAAGUUCCCAUUUGAGGGGAGUAAGUUGAUCGACAUACGGAUACAAGUCAUAGAGGCCAGGUAUACUAGUCCCCUUUACCUAUCUGCAAUGGGACGUGAUCUACUUUCUAAAAUGCUGACUGUGGACUUCAAUCAGAGACCUGCUAUUGAGGAAAUAAUGGAGCACCCAUGGCUGUCUCUAGGUGUGGGAUUUGGCCUGCUUCCUGAUGAGCCACUGCCCAGCAAGCUGGACCCCAUUAUUGUCACAGUCAUGUGCGACAUGGGGUACAAUGUAGCUGACACUGAAAAGGCAAUCCAGGACAGAGCAUUCAAUGAAGCCAUGGGCACCUACCUGGUCAUCCAAGAACACUUAAAAGAGAGUGCCAGAAGUGUGGACUUGAAAAUGAUGCCUUUCGCUCUUCCACCAUGCACAACUCCCGAGGAUAAUUCCACCAGUCCUCUCUCUCCACAAAGAAGAUCUGCCUUUUCUGAACGACAUAAUGCCUUCAGCUUGUCCUCAGAAUUUCAGCUGCAUGAUGACGAGCAAUUACCUCUCAAGAGAGCCCGAAUUGUCCUGGUCCUAGUGUUCACUGUGUGUUGGACCCCAUUCCACAUUGACUGGCUGAUCUUCAACUUUGUGGAGGAGUGGAUGGAGUCCCUCGUGGCUGCAUUCAAUCUCAUCCACAUGGUGUCAG